AUGGUUGCAUAUAAAUUAGAUUCACGAUAUAAAGAAGAAAUUAUUAGACUUGCAGGAGAAGAAAAUGCUAGUCAAAUAUUAAAUGAAUUAGCAGAAUAUGUUAGCCAAACAGGUGGAUUUGCAAAAAGAUAUUUGUGGGUGGCUCUUAAAAUUCUUUCGAUACCUGUAACCUCAGCUGCUA